UUAUCAUCUCAUCUCUUCUUCUUCCAAACCCAAACACCCCACGGCAUCCGCCUCCCCCUGCCUCGUCUGUCAGUUUGCAAAGUGGGGUUUUACCGCUCGCUGCUUGAGUCUUUGGCCUGCAGUAAAUGUCCACCCCACAGUUUGGCCAGGCAGACAGGAGCCACUGCUUGCAGCUGUGAGGAUGGAUACUAUAAGAUUGACUCCGACCCUCCCAAUAUGGCCUGCACACAUCCUCCCUCUGCUCCACGUAAUGCCAUCUCCAAUGUCAACGAGACCAGUGUCUUCCUGGAGUGGUCCGUUCCCAUGGAAACAGGUGGCAGGAAGGAUGUGCGCUACAACAUCCUAUGCAGACGGGUUUUGCCAGAUGGAAGGGGCCUGGAAGAAUGCGGCCCCAACGUACGCUUUUUGCCACGUCGUGUCGGCCUGUCAAACACCUCUGUGAUGGUGGCCGACCUGCAGUCACACACUAACUACAGCUUCCUGCUGGAGGCUGUCAACGGGGUGUCAGAGCUGGCCAAAGACCACGCGAAGCAGUAUGUGUCACUUAAUGUGACAACCAAUCAGGCAGCACCCUCCCCAGUGAGUGUGGUGAGAAAAGGUCACACAGGGAAGAGCAGCAUCAGCCUUUCUUGGGCAGAGCCUGACCGCCCUAACGGCAUCAUCCUGGAGUAUGAGAUCAAGUAUUUUGAAAAGGAGCAGGACUCCAGUUACACUAUUAUAAAAUCCAAGGAGACUGAGAUGGUGGUGGAAGGCCUGAAGCCCUCUUCAGCCUACAUCUUCCAGGUGAGAGCCAGGACCUCAGCAGGCUAUGGCGCAUUUAGCCGACGUUUUGAAUUCCAGACCAGCCCUUACUUAACUGCUACCAGUGAGCGUGCUCAGGCUUCGAUAGUAGCUGUGGCCAUCACAUUGGCUUUGGUCCUACUGGCUGUAGUCGCUGGAUUCCUGCUCAGUGGACG